CAUUGGUGUAUUUUAUUUAUUUAUUUUUUAUUUAUUUAUUUUAUUUAAAAAUCCUGAACCAUGAUGUUCUUUCUUUAGUUCAGGGCAAACUUCUGGGCAUCAAUGUCUCAUUGUUUAGUGGCCAGUUUGGCUCUUCUGCUCACAUGCAGCUUAACAGGCAUCGAUUGUUCUCUCGUCCUCUGGGCCACUGGACCUGUGUUUGUUAAUGCUUUUGUGGGCACCAACCUGACACUUGGCAUUUCAUAUAGCGGUGUCACCAACCCUCUAGUGACAUGGCUAAACAGGACGCUGAUUCUGGCUACAUGGAAUAUAGGCCUCAGCACUCCUCCAGACAUCGCCCCGGCAUAUAGUAAUGUCUUAUCCGUGGAUGAGACCGGAUCUCUGGCAUUCCAGAACGUUCCUGUCAGCUACAGUGGCACAUACACCGCGCAAGUGGUGAAGCCCGGGACUCGUGAGGCCUUGGUCAACUUUACACUAUUAGUGUACAACAUCAUCAAAGACGUCUCUGUGGUCGCAGUCUCGCAAAACGCUGUAGAGGGAGGAGCGCCGUUCACUCUAUCUUACAGCUCAACGCAAGGACCGGUUCUGACUGCAACCUGGUAUUAUAAUAGCAUGGACUUGGUGAACGGCUCUCGGUACCUGAUAACUCAAAAGAGCCUGACCAUAAAUCAGCCGCACCGCAACGACACAGGGCUCUACAGUGUAAUGCUGGCAAAUCCCUACUGUAAUGUGACGCGGAGCAUGUACGUCAAAGUGCUGUAUGGACCAGAUCAGCCAGUUUUGGAGGUCAGUCCUACAAAAGCAGCCUUUGUUUCUGGAGAGACUGUGUCUCUUUCGUGCCGAGCUGAAGGUGAACCGCCUCCAUCAGUCUCAUGGGUGUUUAACGGACAAGCGCUGCCGAGUGUCAAUGGCACGCUGAAGCUCACCAACGUUAAGCCAAGCCAGAGCGGCGAUUACAAGUGCGUUCUGGUUAACAGCAGGACGAACAUGCAGGUCAUGAGGAACAUCUCCAUAAAUAUUCAGGGCCUUAGUGGGGCAGUCAUUGCUGGGAUAGCUGCUGGAAUCCCUUGUGCUGUCCUCCUGCUCCUGCUCCUCACAGGUCUCAUCUUCCUCUGUUACUACUGCCAUAAAAAAAAAACAACUGGUCGAAAUCCCAAGUAUCCUGUCGCAGGAGCAGUGAAGAAAGCUGUCUUAAUUCAGCCUGAUCUGACCAAACCUCACCACCUGCUGACCAGAGGGAUGAAACACCCUCCAGCCUAUAAUCACCAGUGUCAACAGGCACCGAGCGAACGUCCGGGCUUGCUGCCUUUAGCGGUUCCCCCUGUCAGAAUGGCCACGACAGUGUAACACACUUGAUGAUAAUACUUUUCCGUGUUCUAAACUCGCGUGAGAAACUCAAGAGGUUUGGAAGUUUUCAAAUCUACCUCACACACUAUCCAUCAUCAGCCAACGUUUUAAUCAUUUCCUACAUUAAUAAUUCUA